AUGGAGGCACACCACCAGCGGGGACGAUCGCCGUCCGUCGGCCAGCAGGCGAUUAAAAGACAGACGCCCUCCCCGUCUCCUCAUAGCUCCUAUCAUACUCCUAUGGUCUCUGCGGGGUUAGGGCUGGAUCAGUCGCUAGUCGGAGCGUCGAAUAGCUUCAUAUCCAACUUUGACAGCAACCUCAAUUCCGCCGGACAACAUCCGUUCAACCUCUCAAACUCCGACUUCAACCAACAACCACAGUACUCACAGUCUCAAUCCCCCUUCCUACAGCCGCAGGGAAGCCCCCAGAAUCCUUCGAACCCUUCGUUCGGUCAACAGGGUGACGGUCUUUUUUCGCCUGGUCUUCUGGACGGCAAUAAUCCCUUGCCCAACGCGCAAGACUCAUACAAUCAACAAUUCUUUCAGAACGGCGGGGCGAACGAGGACCCGCUCGACCCCAAUUACUUGGUGGAUCCGCAGUUGCUCGGCGGAGGCCAGUCCGUUGACCAAUCUAUCGAUCCUUCAGCGCUCUUGAAUCCAGCGAGUUCUGCUCCAAACCACGACUCCAUUCCUGCUCAUCUCCUACAGCCUGAUAUGCGCCAUUCGAGCAUCAGCCCUCAGGCGUCGCCCUCUUUAGUACAGGGUGGCUUUUCCCCGAAUCACUCUCGUCACGCAUCGCUUGACCCUUCCAGCGCUGCGUUUCCGCCGGGGACGGGUGACUGGAGCGGCAUGCGUUUUGGGAGCCACCGGAGGACACCGUCCGACCAAUACUCCGAGGUCUCAUCUCAACCAUCGCCGUACCUAGGCAACACGGAGCCUUACGAUCCCAUUGAGCAUCCCUCGCCAUUAAUGGGAGCCCAGGUGGAUCCUCAGAUGGCCCAAGGCGCCGCCAUGUUCGAACAGAUCACCCUGUCCGAGAAUCAGGUCCAUCAAGGGCACGGAUAUCCUGGUGUCUCGCCGCAUCACAGCCCACAUAUCUCUCCUAACCUCGCGGCACAGCAACAAUCGCUUCCCGCCUUCACCUCGGUGGACAACUUCGGCCUCAAUCAGUCAAUUGGAGGGCCGUACGACGACGUGUUCCAAAACCAAAAUCAAGAGACGUUCCCUUCCGCGCCGGAGAAUGGCAUGUCCAUGAACAACGGCCAAGGAUCAAUGCCAACUCCGGGGAUUCUGAUUAGCUUUGAACCGCCUUCACGACAAGGGAGCUUCGAGCCUCCCAAGCCCGAUGUGAAACAAGAGGACACUCUGCAACCACCAUCACGGAGUCCAAGCCGUAAUCGCGAACGCGCCAAAUCCGACCCUCAUGCUGGGCGAUCUCGCGGGUCCACACCUGCUCUCGAGGAUCGCCUCUCACCGAACCAUGCCCGGUCGUCACGCUCCCCAUCCCCGUCCGGGGUCGGGAAGAACCGCCGCUCGUCCACUUCAAGUGUGCCCCAUGACCGCGAAUACAUGCUCGGCCUCGCCAACCCUGACCGGCCAAGCUCCGGCGCAUCGGGCGAGUCGGUCGGAUCAGGCAGCAAACGAACCCAGAAGCACCCUGCGACGUUCCAGUGCUCUCUCUGCCCGAAGCGGUUCACUCGCGCCUACAAUCUACGCUCGCAUCUGCGCACGCAUACGGAUGAGCGCCCGUUCGUGUGCACGGUGUGUGGCAAGGCAUUUGCGCGGCAGCAUGACCGCAAGCGGCACGAGGGCCUGCAUUCCGGCGAAAAGAAAUUCGUCUGUCGCGGGCAACUGAAGAGCAGUAGUCAGUGGGGUUGCGGGCGGCGGUUCGCUCGCGCUGAUGCGCUGGGCCGGCACUUCCGAUCGGAGGCCGGUCGGGUGUGCAUCCGGCCUCUUCUCGAGGAGGAGGCCGCGGAGAAAUCCUGGGAUGCAGCCGCGGCGUCGCAGAGCCAGAGUCCCGGCAUGCACGCUGGCAUGAUGGGCAUGGAAUCCGGCCAAAUGGGCCCUGGGAUCGGAAUGUCGACAUCACCACAGCCGGGAUUCGAGGGCUACAGCGGCAGCGCGGACCCGGCUGCGCAGAUGCCGUAUCGGCUACCCGCAGCGCUGUUGGCGCAGUAUCCGACUUUAAGCAGCGUCUGGGACUCGUUGCCGACGACGACAGUGGACGAUCUUGACGACCGAGGUGGAGAUAUCAGUGGGCGGAGCAGCUACGACGCGGGGAGUGGGUAUGAAGAUGAAGGCGAGGGGGAAUUUGGCGACCAGAGAAUGGGUGCCAGUGGAUGGGUGAGUGAUUCGGGGUACUACUGA